AUGGUGGUUGGCAUGAGCGGCAGUAUGUUGUCAGACAAUCUCGAUCUGGACUUGCUGCAGAUCGAGGCUUUGACUGCCUUCUACCUCCUUUCGAUUGGUCAGGUCCAUCGGUCAUCGAGGUUUCUUGCGGUCGCAAUCCGACCGGCUAUGGCGAUGAGUUUCAACUGUAGCCAGAAAGAUACUAUUGAGGCCUAUUCAGAGACUCGAUAUCGGGCAUGGUGA